AUGACAGCUAUACGUUCGAGCAUUGGUACGCAAAUCAACACUUACAUCAGGUCUUGUACAGAUACGUUUGUCUAUUUCUCGCACAAGUGCAUUUCCUUGCCGCCGCCUGGCUGGAUCCGUGCUGCUCACCAACAUGGCGUUCCCAUCCUAGGCACGCUCAUAUUUGAAUGGGACGAGUCCAAAGCGAAGCUGAAGCAGCUUCUUGAUGGACCUGUACCACGACGUACGAAAGGCAUUCGCUCCUCCCUGUCUACGUAUUAUGCGGACCAGCUGAUUCAAGUGGCGUUGGCGCAUGGGAUCGAUGGCUUCCUAGUCAAUGUGGAAACGCCUCUGGACCUUACACCCAGCUCGAACCCGAUCCUAUCGCAGUUGGAGCGACAGCACAAUGCUAGGCGACUCCAGAAGUGGGUGCAGUACCUCCGUGAUACAGGCCUGCAGCGGCAUCCGGGUUGGCAGGUGGUUUGGUACGACUCUGUGACGUACCCAGAUGGACAGCUUACUUGGCAGGAUGCGCUCACACCCAGUAAUGCCCCUUUCUUUACCAGCAGCACCUCGAUCUUCACCAAUUAUACGUGGGCUCAUCCGAAACGACUCGACUUUGAAGGCUUUCAUCCCUUGCUAGUGCUGUCUGCUGCGAUGGCCGACUCGCUUUCUCGCCCACGCUCAGAUGUGCUAGUAGGUAUUGAUGUGUUUGGACGCAACUGCUAUGGAAAGCAUGAUACGUACAAAGCGUUAGAGAUGAUUGGACCUCAUCGUGUCCGCCUGCCUGCGACCUCGAAUGAUAUGGCACAAGAAGGGUCUGCGCUGGGACUCAGCGUCGCCCUCUUUGCGCAGGGCUGGACGUGGGAGCAUGACGCACCACCCUCGCGUCCAUGGUCGGCAUGGUGGUACGAGGACUGUGCAUUGUGGCAUCAGCAGCAUGGCGGCGUAUCGCAGUACUUCCCACCCCGUGCGCAUCCAUGGCGGGGCGAUGCCACUUCCCGACGCUGGGGCUUUCGGUCCAACUUUGCGGUGGGCGCAGGCACAGCGUGGUUCGUCCAAGGCCGGAACGUAUUCUCAUCAACGCACCCGUGGACAGACGCUGGUGUCAGUGCGCCCAAACCCCACCUGGCCUGGCCGAGCGUGCAGUACGUCCUCACUCCUGAUGUCCGGCGGUGUGAUGAUCGCGUGGAGACAGAUCUGAGCAUGGACGAUGCGUGGAGUGGAAAUACUUCGCUGCGCAUUUCUGUCCACCGACCACUGUGGAUCCCAAUUGUAGCUUUAGCACCUUUGCCGGAAGGCGCCGAUCGAUGUGUGACGUUGCAUAUGAUCGUCAAAGGCGAGGCGACGGCGGCUGCGAUCUACAUGGAUGGUCAUUUGUACCAAGGCACGACAGCGCCACCAGAGCCACUCGACCAUGCAUGGACUCUCCUCACGACCAGCAUCGCAUGGCCCUCGCACCAUGACGGCGAUAUGCAUAUUCUGCUCUAUGCGACGACAGAAGUCACGGUCGGACAGGUUGACGUCUCGCUCAGCACGGGAAGCGACGAGCCCGUGGAAGCAACAUGGCACGACGAUACCCUUCAAUGGCCUGACUUUGUCCCGUGGUGUGCCUAUUACGAGCUGUUUGCCUUGGGCGACGAAGCCACAUGGCUAGGCACCAUCUCUGCUACACUGGCGCGGACCCAAGUCACCUUGCUGGGUGGCGAUCACGACACUGUUUUGCACAUUCGCUCUGUAGGCGCUGGGCCCCACGAAGACGGCGCUCUUGUUAUGCGGGCGUAA